CAUGAGCCAUGGCGUCUGAUCUGUACUCAGAGGAUUUGACUUGCUCCAUUUGUCUGAAUAUCUUCACUGAUCCGGUGACUCUGCUCUGCGGCCACUCUUUCUGCAGAUCAUGUAUUACAGCUGUUCUGAACAUACAGCAACAUUGUCCACACUGUCGGACAGCUGUUCUCACAAAAUCUCUUCCAACCAGCCAUAUUUUGAAAAGCCUCGCUGAAAAGGCUAAAGAAGCCGUGAAGAUAAAGCCAGUUCGCACAAGUGAGACAGCAGAGGUGGCUGAAGGGUUGUGCCCUGAACAUGAUGAAAAGCUGAAACUGUUCUGCAUCACAGAUCAGCGGUUAACUUGCAUCAUAUGCCGCGAUGGGGAGAAGCAUGAAGGGCACAAGUUUAAACCAAUCAAAGAAGCAGCUGCAGCUGUUAAGCAUGAGAUUGAAAAGGCCAUACAAACCAUUUCUGCUGAUAUCCAUGCCAUAGGGAGCCAAGCCAACUCACAGAGGGAAGAAAUGACAAAAACCAGAACAAAAUCUAAUCAGCUGAUGACCCAAAUACGUACCCAGUUUGAGGAUAUGCACCAGUUCUUAAGAAAUAGAGAAGAUGAGAUAAAGAAUGAGCUGAAACACAAAGAGGAAGAUGAUGUUCAGAAAAUGAGCAAGACCUUAAAUGCUAUGGAAACAGUUUUGUCUGAGAGCAGAGAGCUGGAGGGAAAAGUGUCAUCAGUUCUGGAAAUUGCCGACCCUGAGAAGUUCUUAAAGAGCUGGUCUGAGGAUUACAGAAUGACUCCAGAACAUUUAUUCAGGCCCAGAGCAGGUGAUCUGCAAGUGGUGAAUACCUCUCUUUAUCUGGGGCCUUAUGAAAGUCACCUACAGUUCUUCAUGUGGAAGGAGAUGCUUCAACUGAUCAAGCCCCGAGAAGAACGGCUGACACUCCAAAGCAACAGUGCAAAUAUAACUGUGUCUGAUGAUGGGAGAAGUUUGUUUUGUAAUACCAAUCCAAAAACUACCAAAGCUGCAAAAUCCAAAUAUCCAAAUUUCUCAUUUGGAAAUCAAUCUGGCUUUUCUUACUCCAACACAGAAUCUGACCAAUUUGCAUUCCAUGAUUUGUAUGGCUCCAACAGAGGAUUCAGCUAUUCCACCAAAGCCUCCAGUCCUUUUGGUGGAAACAAACCCUCCACUGGUUUUACCUUUGGCGUAGCAUCUGGCACCCACACAUCUCCUGGACAGCGUGAUGGUGUUCAUUUCCCAUCUUCCUCAAGCAAAGACCAUGUAGUCAGUGUUAACAAGUUCACCUCAGGGCAGCAUUACUGGGAAAUAGAGGUUGGACAAAGAAACUAUUGGGAACUAGGGGUAAAAGAUCAUUUCUUAAAAUACGAUGGCCAAAAAUAUACCACCUGUAGUCCAAAUAAAUACACAGAGAUAGGGUUAGGAGGUAGACCUCAAAAGAUUGGGGUUUACCUAGACUGCUCAUCCAAGAAGCUCUCUUUCUGUAAUGGAGACAACAUGACAUAUAUUCACACUAUGAGUUUUAAGCCCAUGUCCAUGCCAGUAUCAGCAUAUUUUAACAUUACAGCAGACUGUAACCGCCUGACAGUGUGCUGGUACUGAGGUGCGGCAUAAAAAAAUGGGCCAACAGGAAAUCAUUAGGCCUUUGUGAACAUAGGUUUACAACCAUGCCAAUAGCUCUGUUUAGGCUGUGCCAAUGUUUAAUCAUGUUUUCCAUGUUUUUCCAUGCAGACACAUUUUGUAGCUGUUACUACAAAGGACUUCACAAAAAUAUUACAUCAAACAUGAUUAAACAGCAGUUGCUUCUUCCUAAUGCUUCCUUUACAGGUGACAUGCAAUAUAACAAAUAGCAAAAUCGCAUCUAAAACACAUGAUCUUUUCCAGUGUAUUUUUUCAGUGUCUAUUGAAUGUUUCAGAUAUAGUAUUGCUUGUGUAUAGUACUUGUGGUUAUGGUGUUUAGAGUACCAGCUAGAUAAACUGAAUGAUUUUUUUUAUGUUAAUGAUUUAUUCUGAACUUUGCAAUUUGUGACAUCAUUAUUUCUUUUGUGAAAGUGUUUUUUAUCAGUCAUUGAAGUUAGAUGAUUCCAUGUUUUCUGAUCACCACUGGAGGGCAGAGUUGUCCAGAGUUUGUUAUCAGGUGUCACCUGACCUCUGCUGUGUGAGGCUGGUGUAUUGCUGUCAGUCUCAGGCUUGAUUUAAUCAGUUUACAGUGUGUU